AAUUUACAUUUAACUUCUCCUACAAGAAUUAAAUAACCAAUGGAUGAGGCUUUUAGGAUAAGACCUAACUCCUUUAUCUCAAAUUUAUUAAAUUGUGUAUAUCCAAUCCACAAAGAAUAUUCAAUUCAAAUCCUUAAAUACUUGUGCCCAUAUCUUUUUGUCCUUAUUACACCAUCAAACAUAAAACAAACAAAUAGUAUUUCUUAUUACAAACAGUUCCCUGCUGCCCUAGUGAAUUUGAUCCUUCUUGCAAAGAAACUGUUGUAGAUCAUAAUCUCCAUUUUCAGCAGGAACCCUUUUCUUCGAAUUCGAUUUUCUUUAUGAUCGUUUGAGCCCAUGUUACUGUUUUUUUUAAAGAUUUGUUUUUUUUUUAAAUUAAAAUUGAAGGGGGGGAAAUGCCGACGAGAGUGAUGAAAAUGGGUGGUGGGAUUUGCAGAGGAGAUGAAAGGGUUGUGUAUGAAGAUGAUGAUGAGAAGGAGGAGAAAUUAGGGUUUGUGAAAAAUAAUUCAUGCAAUUCGGAUGAAUCGUCUUCUUCAAUUGGGGAAAACAGUGAUCUUUCUCAUAAUUCAAUGGAGAAAACAGAGGAUUGUGAUGAGGUUCAGAGCCCUUUUAAUGAUGCUAUUGAAGCUUUGGAGCAAGUUUUGCCCACAAGGAAAGGAAUUUCGAGAUUCUACAAUGGAAAAUCAAAGUCCUUCACUACUUUAGCAGAAGCUUCUUCUUCUUCAACUCCGUUGUCAUCUUCCAUCAAACACAUUGCAAAACCAGAGAAUCCGUACAUACGAAGACGAAGAAACCUACUAGCUUAUAACCUAACAUUGCACAAAAACAGAGUUUCUUGUCUUAGAAGCAACGGUGGCGGCACAUUCAAGAAAGCGACAACCUCAAAUCGGACAUCAAAUUUGGCUUUGGCUGUAGCCAUGAACUCUGAGAAAGCCGAAGAACCAAAGAAUUCUUUCUCGGCAUGUAGGUCUUUUUCUUUAGCUGAUUUGCAUCAAUGUGUUUCUGUUGAAACGAAAAUCUGUACUGUUUCUGAUAAAUUAGACGAAACAAAACCAUGCUGAUUAAUUUAAUUAAUAAAUCGUUCCGAGUUUC